ACAGAGAGCUACCACCAUCCUUAUCUCCUCCAUCGUCACCAAUUAUGACAUUCACCACCCAACGCCUCGCCCUGCGCGCACGCACGGACGAUGACCUAGACGACCUUCUCGCGCUCUGGAACAACACGCAGGUGCAGCCAAUGCUGCACAGCCACCCAUUUGCGCCGAUGGGCCCCAAAGCCCGCAAAGACAUAGGAGAGUGGCUGGACGGCUGCGUCUUCGGCUCUAUCGUCACUCUCUGCGCCACCGACUCCGAGUCGGUUUCAUCCGCAACCGCACCUGCGACCGCAAACACCAUCACAAACGCGAACGCGACCUCGGAAGAAACCCAGAAGCCCAAAGACAAGGGCGGCGCGUUUAUGGGCUUCCUGGCUCUCUCGAUCCAGGAGCCCAAGAACCGCGACGCGAGCGUGCACAUCGCACUCCUCCCGCAGUACUGGGGCGGCGGCUACGCCAAGGAGGCGCUCACGUUCCUCGUCGACCAUGCGUUCCGGUGGCUCGGCGUGCAUCGCGUGUCGCUGGUCGUGUACGGGUCGAAUGUGCGCGCGAUCGGGCUGUACGAGCGGCUAGGCUUCGUGGUGGAAGGGAGAAAGCGGGAGGCGCUGUGGAUGGACAACAAGUGGGAGGACUCGGUCUCCAUGGGCGUGCUCCGGCGCGAGUGGGCCGCGAAGUACUGGGAAGAUCAGAGCUAGGGACUAAAUAUGCGCGCGCAUAUACCUUUACCGCUAGUAGAUAGUUAUCACAGGCACGGAUCCUGCAUGGGAAGCCUGUCCUUGACCACAAAUGUACCCUGACCUCGAUAGAGGUCGAUCUGCACCUGGCUGUACGCGUCGCACAUUCAGAUCCUCUCAAUAGUCGAUGCAGAGCAAUCAGAUCCCCCCACAUCCUGUGUCCUGUGCGCUGUGC